AUGGGAAGCUUCAACUCCAGUUCAGACAAGGCCUUCUUUUUAGUGGGCUUCUCAGAUUGGCCUCACCUGGAACUUCUCUUUUUUGUCAUUAUUUCAAUUUGCUAUUCCUUAACUCUCUUUGGCAACACUUCUAUCAUUGCUCUCUCACGACUGGACCUUCGACUGCAAACACCAAUGUACUUCUUCCUCUCCCACCUCUCCUUCCUGGACCUCUGCUACACCACCAGCACUGUGCCCCAGCUCCUGAUUAACCUUCAUGGUCUAGACAGGACCAUCAGCUAUGGAAGGUGUGUGGCCCAGCUCCUUAUUUUUCUUGCUCUGGCUUCCACAGAGUGUGUACUGUUGGGGGUAAUGGCCUUUGACCGCUACGCUGCCGUGUGCCGUCCACUGCACUACACCACCAUCAUGUACCCUCAGCUAUGUCAGGCAUUGGCCAUUUCCUCCUGGGUAGGGGGCCUUGUGAAUUCUCUGAUUCAGACAGGCCUCAUGAUGGCCAUGCCUCUCUGUGGCCAUCGACUGAAUCACUUCUUCUGUGAGAUGCCCAUAUUCCUAAAGUUAGCUUGUGAGGAAACAAAAGGAACAGAGGCUAAGAUGUUUGUGGCUCGAACAAUAAUCUUGGUUUUCCCUGCAGCACUAAUCCUGGGUUCCUAUGCUCACAUUGCCAGGGCAGUGCUGAAGGUCAAGUCAACAGCUGGGCGCAGAAAAGCCUUUGGAACUUGUGGGUCCCACAUGCUGGUGGUUUCUCUCUUUUACGGCUCAGCCAUCUACACAUACCUUCAACCCACUCACACAUAUUCAGAGAGUGAGGGGAAGUUUGUUGCCCUCUUUUAUACUAUCAUCACCCCCAUGCUCAAUCCUCUGAUUUAUACCCUGAGGAACAAGGAUGUGAAGGGGGCUCUGUGGAAGGUGUUAGGGAGAGGCACAGACUCUGGGUAA